AUGGCGGUCUGCUUGACUCCGCGGUUCAGGCGGCUCCGCAGUCACAGCGAGCUAGAGCUGCGGCGGGGCGGCGGGCCGCGGCGAGGCUGCGAUGGUCCUUUUCAAGCAACUCAGCUGUGGAACAGUAUUAUUCAUGCCCUUCACAGUCAAGUGGAAAUCAAAAGACGUCGGCAGCAUCUGAAGACAUAUAAAAACUGCUUCACUGGAGCAAAUGCUGUUGAUGUGGUCCUGAGCCACCUGAUGCAAAGCAUGUACCUGAGCUGCAAUGACAUAUCUCGGCUGAAAGGCGUCCGUGUGUGCCAGGCGUUGAUGGAUCACAAGGUGUUUGAGCCGGCUGGAGCAAAGCUUGCUUUGUUCAAGACUGAGAAAGAAACAGAGUUUGAAGACACAAACACUAGCCUCUAUAGAUUUGUAAAUAGCAACCUUACUCCUCUUCCAAGAAAGAAUGAAGGCAAUGACAGCUGGUCUCCUGAGCAAAUCUUCAAACAGAAGACUAAAAGAUGCUCCAAGGCAAAGUGUGAAAUAACACUUUCAAACCCCUUAGCAUUAGAAGCAGCUGAUAAAAAGAGGGUAGAGGAGCUUCUUCGAUCAAUAAACAUUCAUGCAUCUUUACCUGCAAAGAUCAGAAUUAGUGAACCAACUCAUCUGCUUUCAAAAAGAGUAAUAGAUGAUGUCUGGAAACAGCAGACUCUGCUACGACUGCUGCAGAUAAUUGAUGUUCCCCUUCUAGAAGGUAUCUUGGUGUCUUCAGUGAAGACAAAACCAGACUGUUUCAGCAAGGAAGAAGAUUUGGUUAUCUCCAAUACUUUCCUGGACAGAGAGGUUACAUGUAGCUUAAACUUACCUGAGCUUGAUAAAUGGCUCUAUGCUGCAAUUGAGUGCUUGGAGUAUUUCCCAGACCAAUUCACAGUGAUGGUUAGUCAGCAGUUACCUCCAAGUGCUGACAGCACCUGCAGUCUGAAUGCAUACAAGAAGAUUCUUUUUGAUGUUAUAGUAAAAUACUAUACUCAAAAGAAGGACUCCCUUCUUACUGCUCAGGAUCUUGAUAUUCAUUCAGGAAUUAUAGAACUUAUAGAAAAAGGUAAAACUGAUCAAGCUGUAGAGGCAUCACAGCUGUAUUUGAAGUUAUUAGCACCUCAUACCCGAGAAGAACUACACAGGCUGCUGACUUUCAUUGCCAUUGCAUCUGACCCUGAGGGCUACAAACUACAAAAGCAGUUUGAUAACAGGUCAGUGAUCAUCAAGACUUGCACUAAGUUCCUCUUACAAAAUAAGGCAUUGUCAAAAGCACAGGCAGAGCUGCUGACUCAGUUUCUGAUGGACAAUCACUCUGAGCUCUUCAAGACUCCUUUGACUCUUCUGGAACUAACUAGUAGGAGACUUCAGAGUUUGCUACAAGGACAAGAUCCAGAUGUCAAUUCAGGCUUCACCUUCUGUCAGCCUGUGACAGCUAAAGAAUACGAAGAUCAAAAACACCAAACAAAUCAGCAUCUUCUGGCACUGCUUCAUGAGAUGGACAAUGACCCCCUUGUUCCUCUGAAGCAGAAGAAGAAGUUGAUUAAAGAAUUCAGAAAACACCAUUCUCUUGUCUAUUGCAGUGGCUGUAAAACUGGAUGUGGAUCUUGUACUCUAAAUAGACAUCGAUGCAGCCUUUGAUUAAAAACAAAGAGGGGGAUACACAUGAAACUUGCUAAUGAUGCAAACCAUUCUCUUCUCUAUGUCCUUGCAUCUUCAGUUACAGAAAGAUGUAACUGUUAAAAUUGCUAUGCUACUGAAAAAGAAAUUCUAAUUAAUGACUCUUAAGUAAAAUGUAUUUAUAAUAGCACACUGCUUUGGAGUUCAGGGUUUGGCACUUUGUGUUUUCCUUCUGUCCCAGAGCCCCAUAGCUUUAUAUCUAAGCCAUGACUACAUUCAGAGCCAUACUUUGAUUGAUAACCACUAGUUUUUAAUCCAUCUGCAGGCCAUAAUUUCCCUGUAAGCAACUCUUAAAAACUGUGGGUUACAACUGCUGUGAGUACUGCAAGUGUACAAAGUGGGUCAAAAAUGUUAGGAAUUGGUUGGUGGGUUUGGAAUGUGUGGCAGACAAAAUUCAUUAAGCAAGGGAACUAUGUAUGCUCUCAGUCACUAAUUGGAGCCUGCUACUCUUUCUCCACUCUGGCAGAUUGAGCUGCUGCUAAUAUGGAAGUUAUGCAAAAGCAGUGAAAAAUUCCAUGUUGAAAAAACUUGAGGAAUAAUAGUUUUGGUUUGGGUCUCUUGGUGUACUUGAGCAAUUUAUUAUGAAAAUACUUUGCUAGUGUCCAGUUAUUUGUCAUACUUAAGUGUUUAUGGAUUCAGAACUAAGCUAGAAAGCACUUUUGGUCUAUCUUGACACAUGCCCCAUCCCUGGAGGUGUUUAAGGCCAGGCUGGAUGAGGCUCUGGCCUGCCUGACCUAGGGUAGGGUGUCCCUGGGCAUGGCAGGAAGGUUGGAACUAGAUGAUCCUUGUGGUCCUUUCCAACCCUGACUGAUUCUAUGAUUUAUUGUACAUUGCCAAGGAAAUGUUGAUUCAAGUAAUUUAAAUAUGCAGUAUGUUAUGGGGGUUACUUUGUCCUCAUGGCAGAUGUUUGAUCAUGUAUUAGACAUAUAAAGUGGAUGUUGACAUGUAUCACUGCUCUGCUUAAGGUGGAAUCAAUUAGCAUAGGUUGUUCAGAGCUUGUCUGUUUUGAGGUUGGAACAAUCUCUAAGGUCAGAGCUACCACUUCUGAGGUGGGUCUGGUCUAGAAAAUACUGAACCUGGUAACAGGGUAGGUUGAUGUGGCAAUUCAUAGGGAUAUAUGAGGUGGGAUUUGCUUUGGGGGGAAAAAUCUAUUUUUAAAGAAGAAAUUUUUGCACUUUGAUCAUUUUCUUGUGCUAAUUUAAAGAUGAUGAUGAUAAUAAAGCAUUGCAUA